AUGACGUCACUGGAAGGUGGCCGACUCCGCGCGGGGCGUGAUGUCACGCGGGCGGCGGGCCGGGCCGCCGUGAGGUCACCUGCUGGGCGCGGCCGGGCCGAGUCCCCGGUGACGUCACGGGCGGGGCGGGGCCAGAGCGUGUCAGCGGAGCCGAAUCAAAACAAGCCGGAGACCCGCCUUUUCCCUCCGGCCCCCGAGCGAGUCCCGCUGCUCGCGCCCCGAACCCGCGGCUGCGAGCCCCGGUGCGGCGCGCCGGCUGCGGGAAGCCGGGCAGGGCGCGGCGGCGGCGGCGGGAUGGCGGGUUAG